UUUUCAUUUUUUUGGGAUUUGUCCGAAACUGUGUCCUUUUUCUGGAUAUUGCCGUAAAAUAACUGAAAUUUUCGGGUUAAUAUUUGAUUUUCUUGCAGACAUUUGUGAAUUCGUCACCAUGGCAGAUCGGAUAAUGAAUAUUGGAGUGUUUUGGAUCUUAGCAACAGUGACUUUAUCAGUAGCAGGUCCAACAGAAACAGGUGAAUGUCCAUUCGGUGGUCGGACUUACAGACUGGGUGAAUCCUGGCACCCCUAUCUCAUACCAACUGGUAUAGAUCCAUGUACAACAUGUACCUGUAUUGAACACGAUCAUGUCACCUGUACGCGAGAGGAGUGUCCUCGACCAACCUGCUCAUCGCCAAGGAGAAUACCGGGACAGUGCUGUUUAAUUUGCCCAGAUCCUGAGACAAUCACAGAAGCUCCCCUCGUCGCACCGGUUGAAGAGGAGGCGCCCCGUUACCCUGGGUGUGAAUACAAGGGGAAGACCCUUCAACAUGGGGAUCUCUUCAGCGUGGAUGAUCUAUUUACAUCGCGGAGAGAGGACCAAUGCGCGCAGUGUGGAUGCACGUUGGGUAGAAUCUACUGCGCAUUGAAGACGUGUCUACCACUGUCUUGUCCAGAGGCCGAGCAAGUUGUUUAUUCCGAUUCUUGUUGCCCAGUAUGUGUAUUUGAAGAUGGAACCACGCAAACCCAGGAAAUCUUAGAACCUAACCCGGAAGUAAACGAUCUUGACCUGGCUAUUAAUCCUAAUACUCUCCUCCAAACCAACAACGUUCCCCUCAUCAAUAACUUCCCAUCAAUUCCUCUCUCUGGUUUUGGUACUACGAGUAGUAUUCCAGAAGAUGACGGCGAUCAACAAGCUUGUGAAUCGAACGGAAAAACUUACCAAAGCGGGGAGACGUGGCAUCCAAUUCUCUUUCCGUUUGGUAGAGUAGAUUGCAUCUUAUGUCAAUGUCAGGAUGGUGAAACGACAUGCAAUCGUAUAUCCUGUCCAUCAGACGAGGAAUUGCCCUGCAGAAACCCACAGUAUGUCUCCAAUCAGUGCUGUAAAGUUUGCCCAGAUACUUCAGAGGUCGAACCAACGCCCAUACCAUCAGCGUGUUUAAAGGGCAGAGAAUCUACACUCCUAUACAGAUACCAACCUGAACUCGUAAUAGGAACUGACCACACCCAAACAUUUAUGUAUGCCCUAGAGAAUGUAGUCACAAAUCAGGUGGAAAUUAGAAAAUGGACAUUCAGUGAAGGUCAAAUAAGUAAUUUUGUGAUUGAGGAGGUGUCAUCAGAAAGAUUUCAAAGGGCGCUAUCAGAAAAUAGAGAGGGGCGAUUUCAUCUCUCUGGAGCAACAACAUUAAGAAAAGUGCAAAAAUUAAGAAAGAAAGAAGCAAGGCUGGAGAGGCGGUGCGCCGUUCGAUGCGUGAAGCAGGCCCUCAAGUUACCAAGAAGUCUUUCAGCGAGAGAGAUCGAAAUGUCACGUGAUUGUGACGUCAGAACACGGUCGCAGUCGAGACCCAGACGAGAUGAGCACAUUUUGCGAUAACAUCGAUAAGUUUAAAUAUUUUUAUUUGUCAUAUAUUUUUUGUCAAAUGUUUAUAUUUGUAUUAAUGUAUGUGUUUAUAUAUGUUGUCUUUGAUGUUGUAUUAAAAAAAAGCUGAUUUAUAUAUUGCAAUUGGAGUUUCACUAUAAUUAAUGUACUUUGUGUUAUUUAGUUGUUCUGUUUUUCGGGGGAUGAAAAAAAAAUCUAUAAGAAAUCUAUUCCCUUUUUU